GUGCGAGGCGGCUGAGGAAUAGAGCCGGGGGAGCGGAGAAAGCCAGCAGUGCAGACGUGGUGGUGGUGAAAGUGUCGAAGAAAGUCCUCUUUCUCACCCGUUUAGCCAGUCCAGUCUCAGACUUGAGGGGAGCAGCUACUACUUAUUUAUAUUUAUUUCUACUCGGUGACUUCCCACACUUCCUUGAAACUAGGUUCUUUUCUUGGUCGCUCUCGGAUUACUUUUCUCAGAGCCAGAUUUUUGAAGUCUCGAUCUCACUGACACAAAUAAAUACCUAACCGUUCUGAUUUUUCUAUUGCAUGUGUGCUUGUGAAGAUAGUGAAGACUUUGUCACAGGAUAACUAUAGAAUACUGGGAGCAGUGUACAGAUGCAUAUGUAGAGGCUAAGUGAGACUUUGUUCAGGAUAAAUGGUUUAUAUACGUAUUUGACGUGUUUGAGAGCUGUCAGAGUUUUAUAGUUUCUGUCUUUUCAUACUUCGGUUUUUCAGAUAUUAAGAAGAUUCCAAUUGCAAUAAGUGUAUUUAGCCAUGGGGAACAGCAACGACCACCCAGAUCAAGACUUGGAUUACAAUUUCAACCACACCUACGACAAUGAGACAAUUUACCCCCUGUUGUUAGCCCCGUUUACGUAUCCACCCGAAUUCCACCUUCUUCUCCACACCCUCUACACCGUCACCCUCCUGGCUGCUGUCAUUGGCAAUCUUCUCGUCAUACUCGUCGUCCUAACAAUCCCUAAAAUGAGAACCAACUCCAACUUUCUCAUUGCCAACCUGGCCGUGGGGGACAUGCUGACCAUUCUGUGCGUACCUUUUGGAUAUAUCUCCAUACUCCUUCAGUCCUGGUCUUUUGGAGAGGUGCUCUGUCACCUGGUGACACCUUUGACCGUUGUCUUCGUCUUUGUGAGUGCUUGGACGCUGGUGAUGUUGAGCUUGGAGAGGUGGUGGGUCAUCGUGAGGUGGGACAAGGGGCAGAAUCGAGGCUGCUGCGGAGGGGGGAGAUGGGGGGAGGGAGUAGUUGGAUGGGUUAUUGGUGGUGUAUGGGUUAAGGUUGGGAGCAUUCUUGUGAGUCUGCCAGUGUGGGUGGUCGUUGGGUUGAGGGAGGUGCACGAAGGAGAAGAAGAAGGGGAGCCUGGCAGAAUACUUUGUGAAGAGAUUGGAUGGCCAAGGCCCGACCUUCGUCUCGCCUACACCCUGACCUUGCUCCUACUCCAGUACUUCAUUCCAAUUUUUGUCCUGAUCUUCACAUACGGCAGAAUUGCCAUUGAAAUCUGGUGGAAGAAAACUAGUCCCGUUUUGGAGGGCAGCAGCAACAGCGGGAUAAUGAACAAGUCCGUGAGGGAGGAGCGGUUAAAUCGAGCCAAACGGAGGACAAUCUCAACGCUCAUCCUUGUGGUGACCUGUUACACGCUUAGCUGGCUGCCUCUCAAUCUCUUGUACUUAUACCUGGAGAUCAUCCAGGACGUUGAGAGCGACCCAUUUCCUCGUGUUGAGUAUGCAUAUGUGCUCUGUCAUUGGUUGGCCAUGACGCACUCUUGUCUCAAUCCAUUAAUUUAUGGAUCAAACGAGAGAUUUCGAGAGGGGUUUGUGCUCGUUUUUAGAAAGUGCACUGGUAGAGGACGGCGUGGGGAUGGGGCGAGAGGUGUGGUUGCAUUAUUUUUGACGUGAUUAUUCCCUGAUUUAUGUAUUUAUAGAGACGUGAUGUACAUAAUAUGGCGAAAGAAGUCCCAUCUCACUAAUUCCAUCGACUUGAAUAAUCUUUCAUGAAAGUUUUACUUAUCAUUUGGACAAAGUGUGUCACAGCAUGCAAUCCAAUUUAACCCGCUAAUUUAUAGGAGGACUAUGCAGCAUGGUAACAGUAUUGAUAAUAACGGCAGAAUGAGUGAGUGUAGACAAUAACUUUGUACUAAAAUAGAGUCAAAUCCGCUGUCACGUCGCUUCCUUCAAACUUUCUCUUUCUUGUUAAUUCCGCCCGGAUGGACACCUGUCUUGGACACUUAUUCAUUCUCCUUCUCAAAAUUUCUUAAUUGCUAUCCAUUGUUUGUAUAAUGAUAUCAAACUCCUCAUUGGACCACUUUUCGAUACGUAGGAGCCUCACUCAUAUAAAGUCCUGAGACACAGAGAGAGAGAAAGUGUAUCGAUUUCUCUUUUCAUCGUGAUUGAUUAGCAAGUCUUAAACUCGCCUGCAUGUUUGAUAAAAUAACCUUGUUGGGUUCUGUCAUUUUCUUUGUCAUGUCAUUUGUCAAUGUCAAUUUUUGGUAUUUUAUUCCCAGACUCACAAUAUUGUUUUUCCAGUGGUGCAUGUGCCUAGUUUAACGAAACAUAAGGUGAGAUUUACCAAGUAGAUUUGACGUGCUUUCUCUAUUUUUCCAAAGUGGAACAUGCAGUCACAGU